CAACUCUAGCAACAACAGCAACAAAUUUUGACCCGGUAUUGCUGAGAGAGAGAAAAAAGAAAGAAAAACAAGCAACAAGCUCCAAACAGCCCAACAAACUUAAGGCAAUUCAAUACAAAAAUUUUUCAUUUCGGUUAAGAGCGGAAAAGAAGAAGGAAAAACUAUCUCAAUUUGAAUGCGGCUUUAGCGCCGCGCGUCAAGUAUAAAUAAAUAAUGCAAUCGUGAAUUUUAAGACAUUACCAAUCCGUACCUCGACAAAUACAGUCGGCUUAAACUUUUCUUUAAACUUUUAACAAGGACUCAAAAAUAAAUCAAGAGAUGUUGACAAAAGUCAGUCCAUUAAUCCUUGUAGCGCUCUUUAUCGCAGUUGGAUAUGCAGCGCCUGCACCAACAUUUGGAAAGGAACAUGUUCACAUUAAGAUUCAUUUGAUUCAGCCACACAUUGAAGAUUCGCAUGUUUAUCAUCAUGAAUCACAUGGACAUGGAUCUGGAUUUGGAGAUAUUGGAGGUGGCAGUUACAGUCAUGGAAGCUCUAGCUUUGGAGGUGCUUCAAGUCACGGGAUCUCAAGUGGAUUUGGAGGUUCAUCGAGUCAUGGAGGGUCAUCAGGUGGUGGAAUUUCUGGUGGAUAUGGAGGUUCAUCAGGUCAUGGAAACACAAUAAGCACAGAAUCUCAUGUUUAUCAUCAUGCAGGCGGUAGUGCAGGUGGUCACGGAUCAGCUGAACAUCAUCAUGAUGCAGGACUUCAAAGCUUGGAGGGAAUCGGACAUAGUGCAGGUGGCUAUGACUCAAAUGCUCAACAAAUUGGAGGUGGUUCUGCUCAUGGUGCUUCAUUCGGUGGAUCAGGACAUGAUUUUGGUGGUUCAUCACAUGGACAUGGUGGUUCUGGAUUCGAUUUUGGUGGACAUAGCUCAGCUGGAGCAUCAGCACAUGCAGGCUCAUACAGUUCAGCACAUGAUUUUGGAGCUUCAGGUGCCUCUGCUCAUGCUGGAUCUUUUGCUGGAGCUGAUUUCGGUGGUCAUGGACAAGAUUUUGGUGCACAAGCUGGACAUGAUUUCGGUGGGCAUGGACAAGAUUUUGGAGCUCAAGGACAUGAUUUUGGUGCUCAAGCAGGUCACGAUUUCGGAGGGCAUGGACAAGAUUUUGGGGAUGCUUCAAGUUACGCACAAGCAGGACAUGAUUUCGGUGGAUCAGGACAUGGUGGAUAUGAUGCAAAUGCUCAACAAGUCAGUCAUGGAUCAUAUGAGUCAUCAGCUGGAAAUAGUGGAUGGCAAGUAUCAUCAGGUCAUGGUGUAGCUGAUUCAUAUCAAGGAGUUGAUAGCUAUUCAGCAGGACAACCAUCAGGUGGGAGUCACGAACAAGGACAUGGAGGAUACCCUUAUUAGUUUCUAGAUUCUUAAAUAUAUCCACAAAUAGAUAUAGUCUACUAGUUCUUACGUAACAUGUGAACGUGAUGCAUUUUUUUAGGGUAUAGCAGAACGGAUGAAGAAGAAUCUCUACAAAACUUUUGAGAGACGUUGCUGUUUAUGCAAGACGGUAGAUGCGUUCAUCCAAAUCAUAUCAUUAAACUUCCUCAGCUCUUAUUUAUUAAAUUCAUAGUAGUUCCAGUUCCAUUUAUAUGACUGAUCUUAAUAAGAUAAUAUUUUGUAACACUGUCGUCAUGACAUCAUCAUGACAACGUGAAAGAAAAAAUGAAAAAUGACAACGACCUACUCGAAAGUAUUGUUUUAAAAUAGCUAAUUAUUUGCAUGCUCAUAGUCAUUAUUAUGUUAGUGACGUUCAUUUGACGAAUGACGAACGAAAGAAAGUUGAAAUUUGUUGCAUUGUUUCAUAACUUUUAAUUUUUUUUAACUUCUCUUUUCAACUUACUUCAUUUCUUGUACUUCUCAUUUGUUUUUUUAAUUGUUGACUAAUUUUUAAUUUUAUGCGCUAUUCUGUAAAACAAAAUUAUGAAAAUAAAUGAAA